AUGGAGGUGCCCGACUCGAAUUCUCCCUCUGUCAGGGUGGCUUUUGAAGGAUGCGGACACGGCUGUCUGCAUGAGAUCUAUGCCUCUGUCGGACGAUCUGCUACUCUUAAGGGAUGGGAUGAUGUCGAUUUGGUCGUAAUUGGAGGUGACUUUCAGGCUGUACGCAAUUCCAAUGACUUGGCCUGUAUGGCUGUUCCAAUCAAAUACCGAGAAAUUGGAGACUUCCACGAGUACUACAGCGGAAAGCGAACCGCUCCAUACCUGACCAUCUUCAUAGGUGGCAAUCAUGAAGCGAGUAACCAUCUAUCAGAGCUCUACUAUGGUGGCUGGGUGGCUCCCAACAUCUAUUACAUGGGUGCUGCCAACGUCCUUCGCUUUGGUCCUCUACGUAUUGCUGGCCUCUCAGGCAUUUUCAAAGGCUACGACUACAGAAAGCCUCACUUUGAGAGACUUCCUUACAGCGACGAGGAGAAACGCAGCAUAUUCCAUGUGCGUGAGCUGGAUGUCCGCAAGCUUCUGCAGAUCCGUACGCAGACUGAUCUUGGUCUGUCCCACGACUGGCCCAGAGGCAUCGAGUAUUCUGGUGAUUAUGAGAGGCUUUUUCGCAUAAAGAAAGACUUCCGCCACGAUUCAGAGCGAGGUUACCUGGGUAGCCCGGCGGCAAAGAACGUUCUCGACCGUCUGCGUCCCGCCCAUUGGUUUUCUGCACAUUACCACAUCAAGUUUACAGGUUCCAUUCAGCAUGGCCAGUACGCUAUUCCCUUUGGGCACAAGGUGCAAUUAACAUCUCAACGUGACCCUCUUCCGCCUCAGAAGCUCCCUUACAUGUUUGGCAUGGACGGCGCCUCAGUUUCCCGAGGCUUGAAUGAUUUCAUCGAAGGAGGUUCACCUGAGCCAGAAGGGAGACAGCCUGAACCCGAAGAAAAGCAGCCUGAACCCGAAGGAAAGCAUGAACCCGAAGAAGGAAAGCACGAACCAGAGGGAAACCAGUCAUCUUCAGCUCAUACUGGUAAUGAGGUUACGAACACCGAGGCUACUACGCUUAGUUCCGAAACGUCCACCUUGAAUCCUGAAGCGACGGCCUUCAAUCCCAGUUCAGACGAAAAGCCAUCCGAUGUAGUGGCUCAGCAGACUCCAGAGCACGGCAGUCUGGCGGCAAUCUCUACUCGGGGCUCAGGCAAGAAUCAGAAUGACACAUCCCAACAGGGUCUCGGCGACACCACGAACCGGAUUUCAGCGUGGAAGAAUUUCCACAAUGUAGCGGCCACCCAGGAAGCCGAGGAGAACUCUCGUUUCUUGUUGGAACAGAACAAAACCCAAGAAGCAGUUCGCAACAUACAACACAAUCUGAUAUGGCGCCAGGUUGACAUCGAUCACGACGGGACAAGACGGAGGCUAGGUAUGGAGGGAUCUGAGUCUGGAGAUGGCCCUGAGAACAAAAAGCAGAAAAUCAGCCAUGAUGCCAAUACCGUGAAGAACGCAGACGAGAUUGACCUGGAUCUCAGUGAUUCUGACCAGGAGGAUCAAGCAAAGAUUGCACCCAGUGUUGAGACCAAGAAACCUGCGCAGAUCUCGGAGAACACUGGGAAAUCCGGAGUGGUGUCUCAAGACAUCCGAAACCAACUUCCUGCCAGCUUCGCUCGUUCUGCGCAGAUCUCGGAGAACACUGGAAAACCCGGAGUGGUAUCUCAAGACAUCCGAAACCAACUUCCUGCCAGCUUUGCUCGUCCUGUGCCUGCUUCACAACCUGCUCAGGACAUUCCCUUCAACGAGCCUUUACCAGAAGGUAUAACAAACACGACCACUCAGUUCCUCGCUCUAGACAAGUGCACGCCUCGCCGCGAGUUCCUUCAACUUCUGGAGCUCCCACCAAUUUCUGAACAGGAUGGCGUGCAAUCCCGGCGUCCUUACCGCUUGCAGUAUGACAAAGAGUGGCUAGCGAUUCUUCGUGUUUUUUCGAACGACCUUCAGUUGGGCGAUCCCAAUGCUAGCCCCUCUCCCGACAAAGGAGACGCCGUGUACAAGCCCCAAAUCAUCGAGGAGGAGAAAUGGAUAGAAGAGAAUGUGGUUAAGCCCGGCAAACUAGAUGUUCCGGAGAAUUUCACCAUCAUCGCUCCAGUUUAUGACCCAUCGGUCCCUAUCACGACUCAGCAAAUGCCGCUAGAUUAUAAUAACCCUCAAACGGCCCAGUUUUGCGAACUCAUUGGAAUUGAGAAUAAAUUCCAUGUUAGCGAAGAAGAUCGUCAGGCGCGUGCCGCAGCCGGUCCACGGCCGGAUCAUUCCAGCAGAGGCGGUGGUGGAUCUAUGCGACGCGGGUUUGGCCACGGCCGUGGACAUGGAGGUGGUCGCGGCCGCGGAAACCGUCGGUACUGA